AUGGAGUUCCCUUACGGCCACCACUCUCAGACUCAUCACCACCGAAGAAAUGACGAUGAUGAAGAGAGAAGAGAGCAUUACCCACCACCAGAUAUGAUGCCACCACCACCAUCCUUCCACCAACCACCACCACCAUACUACAGAGAGAAUGAAUUUGCUCCACCACCACCACCCUCCUCACACUAUUAUCAAGAAUCUCCACAACCACCAAGACCAUAUUUUCAUGAAACUAACUAUGGACCUCCACCACCACCACCCUCACUUCAAGAAACUCAGGUCUUUCACACAUCUCAUAAUAAUCCACAAGUUGACCGUCCCCUUGAUUAUCCACCACCACCAACACAAGUGACUCAUGUUUCUCAUGAACAAACUGAAACCCAUAACUUUUUCAGGCCUCAUAUGCCAACUUUCAUUCACCAGCACACUCAUCACUCUGGCUCUGCUUCCGGGCUUGACCUUUAUAAUAAACCUAGCUUUAAGGUUUACAGCAAAGCUCAGCCUGAUUUUCACCUUACUAUUAGGGAUGGGAAAGUGAUUCUUGCUCGAUCAAAUCCUUCUGAUGAGUUCCAAAACUGGUAUAAAGAUGAGAAGUUCAGCACAAGAGUGAAGGAUUCGGAGGGCUCUCCUGCCUUUGCUUUAGUUAAUAAGGCCACGGGUCAGGCCAUGAAGCAUUCCAUUGGAGAGUCACACCCUGUGCAGCUGAUUCCGUACAAUCCAGAUGUUCUCGAUGAGUCUGUCCUAUGGACAGAAAGCAAGGACUUGGGUGAUGGUUUCAGAGCUGUAAGGAUGGUUAACAAUACCCACCUGAAUGUGGAUGCUUUUCACGGUGAUAAGAAAUCUGGUGGUGUCCAUGAUGGCACCACCAUUGUGCUCUGGAAAUGGAACAAAGGAGAUAACCAACGAUGGAAGAUCAUCCCAGCCCAGUACUAUCCCUAA